AUGUCAACAAUUAAUAUAUCGCCACAAAAACAACCUUUGCCGUUUAGUGAAUUAGAAAAAGAAUUAAGUCAUAAUAGAGAUUUAUUUUAUAAACCUUUAGUAAAUGCUAGGGACAUUGCAUUAUCCUCAAGGAAAAAAGGAUCUCAGAAGGUUAACAGGCCACUAAACAGUUUCAUGGUUUAUAAAAUAAAUUUCAACCAAGUAGUUAAAUUAUAUGGUUACUCAUGGGGCAAAAAUAUGAAACAUGCGACGCGCUAUGCUUCAUUUCUUUGGAAGCAAGCAACACCACAAGAAAAAAACAUAUUCGUAAAAAUAGCAGAUCAAUCGAGAGUAAUUCAUAAAGAAUUAAAUCCCGGCACUAAUAAUACUAAUAGUAAUCAAAAGCUCAAAGAAUCAAAUCCUACCUGUCCAACAAUCGAUCCGACAACACCAACAACAGUUGAUGAUUCUAGUUAUGAUUCAAUGCUACCAGCUUAUGAUAAUGUUAUCACUUAUCCAUGUGGAGAUUUUAAUCUGGAUUGUAAUGCGUAUAUGAAAGGUGUUUCUAAUCCAUUGGAGAAUCCGAAUGAUAUUGAAGAGUUAUAUCGUUACCUGUUAUUGCAAAACAAACAAAUAUAA